UUUAUCAUUCAUUUAUUUCUAUCUAUUGGUUAUAGAUUUUGUAAUUUUGAUUGCAAAGUUUUUUUUGUGAAUAUUUCCAGUUAAUUAAAUGAGCCAAAAACUUGCUACAAAAUUUGAAAAUGAUGUCAACAAAUCAUUACUUUUUUCAGAAAGUGAAAGUGAACAUGAAUAUACUGAUAUUUUUGAAGAUAAUAGAACUGGUAAAAUUCUUGCCAACGUAUCUUUUGAAGAUGGAGAGUCUAAAUCUGCUAGCGACGAUGAAAUUGUUGCUUACACUGGAGACAUAGAAACUUAUAUAGGCUCUAAUAAUGAGGAGAGUGACUGUGAUGUUCAUAGUUUGCUUGAUGAGCAGCUAAUCGAUUUUACAUCAGAAGGCAAUGUGCAUGAUAAAGUACACGAAACUGUCAUAGAUUCUGACCAGAAUGUUCAGGAGUCUUUAAGUCGUGAAUCUAAAGAAAUAAAUAUUUCAGAAACUGCUCUUAAGUUAUUAGAUAUUAAAAGUGAAAAGAAUUUGAGACCAGGUAAACCUGUACUUGUUAAGUCAAAUGAAAGUUUAGUUGUUUCAGAUGCUAUUGAACAAUCUAAGAAUGAUCAUAAACUAAUAUCAAAAUUAGAAGAUGUUUCAGAAAAGAAGUCUCUUGAAAGUUUUGAUCCACUUUCAACUAAAAAACUAAAUGAAAAUUCCCCAAGUAACAAUUCUUCUAAAAUUUCUGACAAGCAAAGUAAUGUAACACGCUCUAGUAGAAAGCGAACUCGGCAUCGUAUUUAUUUGGAUGAUCCAGAUAUUCAUCAACUAAUUAUUGAACAAGUUGAUUUACUUCGGCGUAAAAUUGCUGCCAUAGAAUCUAAACAAGUUAUGAAGUCCUCUACUUUUCAUUCCCAAUCAAAUCAAACCACACUACCUAACAAUUUUUUUCGCAAUAAAACAAAAAAUGAUAUUCCAUUAAAUCCAGUGCCAGCAAAUAUAUCAACACCAAAGUUUCAAAAUGCUCAACAAAAUCUUUCAGUGCAGUUCAAAGGACAGAAAAAUAGGAAAGGUCAAAAUUUGAUUUCACGAAUUCGCAAUCAAAAUUUUGGGUCAGAAGAUGAUGAUGAAUAUACAGAAAGAAUGGCAAAGGCUUUACAUGAUAGAAACAGUUCUUAUGAGAUUUGUCCUGAUUGUGGUGAAUAUCACUCACAGAAUGAGGAUGAUGAUGAUGAUGAUGUAUGUCCUGACUGUGGUGUGCGUCAUAAUCCAUACCAGCAUUCUCCCAUAAAAAAUGGCGUUCAGAAAAGAUUGGAUGACAAAAAUUGCAUUAAAACUAACAUUAGAUCUGGUAAUCGUUAUCAGCAAAUAAUGAGUGAACAGCAUCCUAGAGAUGAAAUGGAGGACAAUUUACCUAGUAUUGAGGGUCCUUUAAGCAUUGAACAACUUUCGUCAGGAUAUCGAUACAAAUUAAAGUAUUUAGGAUCUUGUCAAGUUAUUACAAAACAUCCUGUUACCAAGGAAACAAGACUGCAGCAAGCACAAGAUGCAUACAAACGAAUCAAGGCACAAGAUGACGAUGAAGAAGAUGCUAGUACAAACGUUGAUAUGUGUAUAUCAUUAGAACGAAUUAAAAUUAUCAAUAAGGAUACAAAGUUUGAAGAUGUAAUGAUGGACCAUGCGUUACGUACAAUUUGUUUUAUUUGUGAUAUGGGGAAGAUUUUAGUUUUAAUGGCACGCCGAUUGACAAGUGAGAAUUCUACAGACAUUAGUUUUGAAGAGGGUCAACCAUUGAACUUGGGAAAUAUAAUUGGUGAUCGUGAAAAAAAAUCAUCUAAAAAUAUAUGUCAUGUAUUUAAGGGAGUAGAAGAUACAUCAACUAUAGCAAAAGCAAUUGGUCAAGCAUUCAAUAUUGCAUAUAGACAAUUCUUAAAGAGUUCAGGUAUUGCACACGAGCUUGUUGAGGAAGCAGAAUACUCUCAUGUGCUAGAAUCACAAAUAAUAGUUGGUCAAGAUCUUGAAAAUCUUACGAAUGAAUCUGCUGUUAGGGAGGUAGUUGUUGUUAAGAAAGUUGGUGAUCCCCUUGGUAUUAUGCUAUUAGAAUCAGGAUGGGGAUCAAUGUUACCAACUGUCUUUGUUGCGCAUAUAGCUAAUUACUCUGCUACUGCUCAAUGUCAAAAAAUAUCUGUUGGGGAUCAUAUACUUGCUUGUGAUGGAACAAGUUUAGUAGGGUUAUCAUUAUCUGAAUGUACUACCAUUUUAAAGAAUUGUCGAAAUAGUAAUAAAGUAACAUUUCGUGUUGUUACAUGUCCUACAGUAGUGGAUGUUGUUUUACUACGACCUGAUGUUAAGUAUCAAUUAGGAUUCAGUGUUCAAGAAGGCACAAUUUGCAGUAUGUUGCGUGGUGGUAUAGCUGAAAGAGCAGGAGUACGUGUUGGUCAUCGCAUUAUAGAGAUUAAUGGGGAUAGUGUUGUUGCGAAGUCUCAUCAAUAUAUUGUAGAUAUACUUGCUUACACAAUUGGAUCAAUAAGCAUGAAGACUAUGCCUAUAGCUUUGUACAGACUUAUGGUAGGAGAAGAGUUGCCGCAACAUGUUUGAUUAAGUCAUAGAUUGUGCUAUGUGGUAAUUGAAUGGUUAAAAACUUACCUAUCUAUGACAUGGCAAAAAAUCUAUUAUAAUCUCUUCUCGAAUAUUUUUCUAAUAAUGUUUGCUUUAAGGUGGUUACGAAAAUAAUUUCUUUCCUGAAAUUAUGAUGAACAAUUAUAAAUAAAUAUAAUAAUGAUGAUGAACAAUAUAAAUCUAUAUCAAAAAUAAAAAAAUAUUUCAAUUCAUAUUUUAAUCAUGUUUUUUACUCAUGUUUACUUAAGCCUACUGCCUGCUUUUAAUUACGUUAUUAUUUUACAAUAAUAACGUAAAUCUUUUUCCAAAUUAUUUUUUUUAAAUAUUCUUGCUCAUUUAUUUAUAAAUUUGCUGGGUGCAAACGAUGAUUUUUAAUGAUAAAAGCUUAACUAAAAUAAUGCAUGAGUUACAAGUAUACACAGAAAUAUAUCACGUGAAAAAGCGUUAAACUUUGCUUAUAAGUACAUAUUUGCACACAAAAGAAAGUAACCACCUUAAAACAAUUUGUUUGUUGCUGUUAUUCUAUUUUAUAUAUUUUUGUUCUUUUUUAUUUAAAAAAGUUUUUUUUUUUUAGUUUAGUUUUGAACAUAUUGUUUUAUAUGCAAAUAAAAGCUGAAUUUUUUUUUUUUUUUUAUAAUUUUUUUUUUAUAUUUUUGUAACCAUGACGUUACUGUUUUUAAUCAUUUUAUAAAUGCUGGAGAUUCAUGUUAUCAAUAUCGCUCAUGGUUUUCAAUAUAGAAAAAUUUUGUUUUUAAUGAUUAUACCUAUAUUUGUUUAACAGAAUGUAUUUAUCAAAUGUUUAUUUAAAUUUUUUUCUGUAACUUUAAUUUAUAAUUAAAAAAAAAAUCUUUUUA